CAGGAGAGACCAGAAGAAAGCAGGAGAUACCAGGAGAGACCCGGAGAGACCAGAAGAAAGCAGGAGAUACCAGGAGAGACCCGGAGAGACCAGAAGAAAGCAGGAGAUACCAGGAGAGACCCGGAGAGACCAGAAGAAAGCAGGAGAUACCAGGAGAGACCCGGAGAGACCAGAAGAAAGCAGGAGAUACCAGGAGAGACCCGGAGAGACCAGAAGAAAGCAGGAGAGACCCGGAGAGACCAGGAGAAAGCAGGAGAGACCCAGAGAGACCAGAAGAAAGCAGGAGAGACCCAGAGAGACCAGAAGAAAGCAGGAGAGACCCAGAGAGACCAGAAGAAAGCAGGAGAGACCCGGAGAGACCAGGAGAAAGCAGGAGAGACCCGGAGAGACCAGGAGAAAGCAGGAGAGACCCGGAGAGACCAGGAGAAAGCAGGAGAGACCCGGAGAGACCAGGAGAAAGCAGGAGAGACCCGGAGAGACCCGGAGAAAGCAGGAGAUACCCAGAGAGACCAGAAGAAAGCAGGAGAGACCCGGAGAGACCAGAAGAAAGCAGGAGAUACCCAGAGAGACCAGAAGAAAGCAGGAGAUACCAGGAGAGACCAGGAGAAAGCAGGAGAUACCCAGAGAGACCAGGAGAAAGCAGGAGAGACCAGGAGAGACCCCACAGAAAAAGAUCCAUGGACAUCCAGACAGGUCAGGUGGUGCGCGGCCUUGGCGCAAUGGAGAGCCUGGAGACGCAGCUCAGCUGCCCCAUCUGCCUGGAGAUGUUCACCAAGCCCGUGGUCAUCCUGCCCUGCCAGCACAACCUGUGCCGCGGCUGCGCCAACGACCUCUACGAGUCCAAAAACCUCUACCGCUACUCCGGCGGCACCUUCCGCUGCCCCACCUGCCGCUUCGAGGUGGUGCUGGACCGGCACGGCGUGCACGGCCUGCAGAGGAACCUGCUGGUGGAGAACAUUAUCGACAUGUACAAGCAGCAGCGGGAGAGCCAAGGCGGCGAGGGCGGUGAGGACCCGCCCCCCAAGGACCGGGACGCCAAAGAGCCAAUGUGCGACGAGCACGAGGACGAGCGCAUCAACAUCUACUGCGUCACCUGCAGCACGCCCACCUGCUCCAUGUGCAAGGUGUUCGGCCAGCACAAGGACUGCGAGGUGUCGCCGCUGCACGCCAUCUACCAGGCGCAGAAGAGCGAGCUUCGCGCCGCCGUGGAGCAGCUUGCCGCGGCGGAUGCCCAAGUGGCGGCGGCAGCGGUGGCGGCGGAUGAGGCCUGCGAGCGCAUCCGGGAGAGCGGCGAUCUGCAGCGGCGCCGGCUCGGCGAGAGCUUCGACCUUCUGUUCGCCACGCUGGAGCAGCGCAAAGGUCAGCUGGUGGAGCGGGUGGGCGAGGCGGAGCGGAGCAAGGUGACCUCGCUCAAAAGCCUCGCCGAGCGCUACCGGCUGCAGCUGCAGGCCGGAGGCCGGCUGCGCGAGAAGCUGGAGGAGAACCUGAGGUCCAGCAGCGCCGCCGAGUUCCUGCUGGCAGCCGGACGGCUGCGGGAGGAGGCCCGGGAGGCCGUGGGGGGGGGGCAGCCGCAGGGCCCGGAACCGGGCUACGAGAGCAUGGAGCACCUGAGCGUGGACACCCAGGAGGCGGAGCUUCUGCUCGCUGGCUUGGACUUCAGGACGGCAGGCGUGGAGGACCAGUAGGAGAAGGAUUUUUCAGAAUGGAGGAAGACCAGUAAAAAGGACUGUUUAUGAUGGAACUGGACCAGUAAGAAGGACAGUUUAUGAUGGAACUGGACCAGUAAAAAGGACAGUUUAUGAUGGAACUGGACCAGUAAGAAGGACAGUUUAUGAUGGAACUGGACCAGUAAAAAGGACUGGCUAUGAGGGAACUGGACCAGUAAGAAGGACUGGCUAUGAUGGAACUGGACCAGUAAGAAGGACUGGCUAUGAUGGAACUGGACCAGUAAGAAGGACUGGCUAUGAUGGAACUGGACCAGUAAGAAGGACUGGUUCAGGUAACUUCAGGUACUCGAGGAGUCGUGCAAUCGUUCAGGAACGUUUUUGUACUCGACUUUUUAUACUUUUCUAUUUUGUCUUGAUUGUGGAAGCUUCAUAUUCUCAGUGUGUCUCUCAAAGUGUGAAUAAAGUUUUAUUUGAGCGGUGA